GUACAUUGUGCUGCUUGGGAAUGUACUGAAAAUCGAGUGCAACAGGGGUGGACGGUAUGUGUCUUAUCAAUGUUCCUUAGUUUCAAGAGUCUGUUGAAGGUCUUGCACCUACCCGUCCACCCCUAUUGCACUCGACUUUCAGUACAUUGUGCCGGUUGCGCGGGCACCUAUGUCUGGAUGAGUUGUGCGCCAUUUUGACUUGUUCAUCGGCGGUGAGUGCAACGGCUAGACGCCGCGGUCCUGUUCGCUGCAAAGGAUGUCGUCCGGAAACUACGUCGUUGGCUUUUCUAGAGAACUGGACUUCAGGCCAAUGCAAUUUGUGGAUCUCGAUUCCAAAAGGUGUUGUUGUUUGUGCAAAGUAAUCCCUGUAGUGACUUUCAUUCUAGGAUGCUGUCACUCUUUGUGCGAGCUCUGCUACCAGAGUCUUCAGGGCGACGACCGACUUUGUCCCCUGGAUCAGGAACAGUUUGAAGAAGGAGAAGUUGCGAGGUUCCCAUUCAAUCUAAAGCAACUUGAACGACAACACGUGCGUUGCUCCAACUCUAAAAAUGGAUGCGUCGUCACUGGAACCCCGCAAGAGUGUUCCGAGGAACUGACAAAAUGUAUGAAUGCUGACGACGAAGAUAGAGAAAAAAUACCACUCGUGAAAGCGAUCCUCGGAAUUUCCACAGAGAUGGGGAUCGUAGCGGAACGUGUGCACGCGUUGUAUUCAGGUAUGCUGCCGCCGAUCACGGAAGCUUUCCUUCUUAUUCACCACAUUGGAAUGGAGAUAGAAGCAAGUAAUGGUCUAGGAGAUGGUCUCACGGUUGGUGAAUCUGACGUUUUGGGGCUUUGCGGCUAUUCUGUGAAGUUGACGGUAUGUGCAUGGAACGGGGAAGAGCUUGAAGUGUACUUCGAGAUUUGCAAGUCUCCGAGGGACUCCGUUGCAAAGUGGCCCUUUACAAUCCCCUUCACCUGUAGAUACUUGCACCCAAAUGACUCGACGAAAGAUAUCGCAUGCUCAACAGUUCACCCGAAGAAAGAACCGAAUGAUGAUAUCCGCAUGCGUGCGUACGGCAGGCCGAACGCUAUUACUUAUCGCAUUACUUGUAAACCUACACAAUCGUUAUUAAUGCUUAAAAAAAAUGGCUUCAUUCACGACGAUUCUCUCUGUAUUGGUAUUAAGCUCCACCCUGAAAUGGCGCAAUAAAGAUCUUCCAAGAGUGUG